AUUACCGCCAUUUGCUUCCAUUUGCACUGGUGCACUGCACUCUACUUUUAACUUUUAACGAACAACGUGCAACCAUGAACAUGUUUCGUGUUUUAAUUUCCAAUCUUUUAUCUUUAUGAUUUUUUUAAAUUCUCCACAAUUUCAUAUUUCUAGAGGAUUACGUGAUUUGAAUUUGUUUUAUCAAGAUCAAAAAUCAUCAGAAUAAUGCCUUCUUUACUUAGUAAUGAUGCUCUGCCAAUAGUUCUCUUAUCAAGGUCGAUCGACCAAGGGAUGAAUCAUCAGACAGCUCGAUUGAUGAAAGAAAUGAAACAAGAAGAAGAAACACCUGGGACUACUUGUCAAAAAUUAGACGAAAUGCCAAGACUCAUCGUGAAAUUGGAACGCUGUGAUGCGCCUUCAAAUGGAAACGGCAGAGGCGGAAAGGACUCGACACAGAGCAAAAUAUCCAGCACGCUUUUGCCUGUCAAAGACGAACAUGAGACUGAUUGCAACCUUGUAAAGAAAACUGAAGAUGAUGACAGUAAUUCCCCAUCUCCAUCUCCAUCGAGUGAACCUGCUUCUGGCGAAGAAAAGCAAAAGAUGGAUCCACUUGAAUCGAAACAAUUGGGAGGAUUGGAGUCUGAUGAAGACGGCAAUAUUAGAAAAAGAAGGAGGAGAAAUAAUAAUAAUAAUAUUGUAUCGGAAUCUAAAGUCAAGUCUGUGAAACCAAAAAGAGUAGUGAAUCGUCCUGCGAAGUGCCCGGAGUGCCGUCAGCUGCUGGAAAAUGCGGACACAAUUGCUUAUUCGGGUCAUCCAAAUGGCUCCGUCGAGGAAUUCAUCGCUCUCACUGAUCCAAAGCUGUCACUAUUCACUGGCGAUGAAAACUUUGUCAGUGAACAGGACGAAAGGCCGCAACAUAAAAUCACGCACUACAGUGUUUAUGACAAACAAGGACAUUUAUGUGCAUUCGAUUCUGGACUCAUAGAGCGAAAUGUCGUUCUAUUCUUUUCUGGUUUCAUAAAAGCUAUCUAUGAAGAAAAUCCGGACCCUGCAGAGGGAGUGGCGGCACACGACAUCGGCCCCAUCGACCAGUGGUGGGUGGCCGGCUAUGACGGCGGUGAUAAGGCGCUGAUCGGCUUCUCGACGCCCUACGCCGACUAUUUCCUGAUGCAGCCCAGCCCAGCCUACCAGCCCAUUUUCGACACCAUCAAGGAGAAAAUAUUCAUGGCCAAGCUGGUCAUCGACUACCUCUUGCAUAACGACAAUCCCUCCUACGAAGACCUUAUCAACAAGCUCCAGACUACCGUUCCUCCACAAGGCUUCUCAUCAUUGACUGAAGAUGGACUUCUACGGCAUGCGCAGUUCAUUUGCGACCAAGUGGUGAGCUAUGACUCGGCGUCUGACAGCCAAGACCAGGAUGACGAGCUGCUCAUCACCACCGAAUGCAUGCGAGUUCUUGUGCAGUUGGCUGGUGUCACCCUAGGAGAGAGACGUGCUAUGAGACGAUCUGAACAAAAAGAAGUGAAACAGAAAAAUAAAGAGUUCACCAAAGCUACUACCACGGAUCUAGUCAGAGAUGUUUUCGAAUCUUUGUUCGAAAAUCAACUUGAUGCCAACUCUAACAUCAAGCUGAAACAGAGGAGACUGCGGUGCGGCGUGUGCGAAGCGUGCCAGCAGCCUGACUGCGGCACUUGUGCGAGCUGCCUGGACAUGGUGAAGUUCGGCGGUUCGGGUCGCAGCAAGCAGUCGUGCGUCGGCCGAAGGUGCCCGAACAAGGCCGUACAGGAGGCCAACGACGACAGCUCUGACAGUGAGGAGUCCGCCAUUCAGCAGUCGGCUGCUGCGGCGCCGCUUGUCCCAACUGCGCCGCGAACAACCAUUCGACCCAAGUGCAACCGGUCGGUCGAAUGGCUCGGUCAAGCCUCUCACCGCACCAACAAGAAGACGUUCUACAGCAGGGUGCUGGUUGGAGAGCAGGAGAUAAUGCGGGGCGAUGCCGUACUUGUGGACCCCAACGCCCCGGGGGUUCCUAUGCUCAUAGGCAUUGUUAUGUUUAUGUGGCAAGACAAAGUCUCGGAAGAAGAGCUCUUCCAUGCUCAGUGGUUUUGUCGGGCAUCAGACUCAGUGCUCGGCGAAACCGCUGAAACUCAAGAGCUAUUCCUGCUGUAUGAGUGUGGUGACGUUCCAAUUAUGUCUAUCUCUGACAAAGUAACUGUGCAUAGGAUCGUACCAUCCUCAGAAAUGAUGCCUGGUUAUAAAUAUGAUGAGAAGACUUUCUUCUAUAAAAUGAGGUACAGUCCAGUGAAUUGUAGGUUCGAGUCAUUGGAAGCGGAGCCUCUAUGUGACGACCAACAGGAAAAUUACCGAUUCUGCAAUUCAUGUGAUAAGCUCAAGAGGGAAGAGAAGAGAAAAACUCCAUGUGUGGAAGAGAAGCUAGAAAUUCAACAAUCAUCGAAACAAAUUAACUAUGGAGUUGUUAGGUGGCUUGAUGAAGAGUAUAGAGUGGGCUCAUCAGUAUUUUUGAAACCUGGUACAUUCAAAUUUAAAAAUCAGCUGAAGUUUUCACAACAGAAGAAGGACAUUUCAAUCAAAGAGGUUGAUGAAAACUUGUAUCCCGAAUUCUACAGGAAAACGUCGGACUAUGUGAAGGGCUGCAAUGAUGCCACCCCAGAGCCAUUCAACAUUGGAUUCAUAUCCGCGAUCAUGGCCAAAGAGGAUGGAUCAGAUAUACUCAUCACGGUCCACAAGAUGUAUCGACCAGAGAAUACACACAAAGGCGCCGACUUUGUUCAUCAAGCCGACCUCAAUCUGCUCUAUUGGUCUGAUGAAAAAAUCAACGUUGAUUUUAGUCAAGUGACUGGAAAAUGUUACAUUUGCUACAACGAAAAUUUUGACUGCAGUGAGGAUGAAUGGACUAGAGGAGGUCCUCACAGAUUCUACUUCAAUCAAGCCUACGACAGUUCAAGCAAGACAUUCAAUGACCCUCCAUCUUCAGCCAUGAACUUGGGAUCCAAAGGAAAGGGAAAAGGGAAAGGCAAGGGGAAAAGCAGUGUCAAACUGAGUGAGAAAAGAGGUGACAGUGUCCUGCCCUGGCCACAAAUUUCUAAACCUCUCAAGUGUUUGGAUGUUUUUGCAGGCUGUGGUGGACUCUCAGAAGGCCUGCAUCAAGCUGGCAUUGCCAAGACGUGUUGGGCGAUUGAAAAAGACCUGACAGCGGCUAAUGCUUUCCGCCUCAACAAUACUGACACGGUAGUCUUCACAGAGGACUGCAAUGAUAUUUUGAAAAUGGUUAUGGAUGGCCAAUCAAAAUCGUCCAAUGGACAAUCAUUACCUCUGAAAGGCGAAGUUGAGCUGCUUUGUGGUGGGCCUCCUUGCCAAGGCUUCAGUGGCAUGAACCGUUUCAACUCCAGACAGUACACACUUUUCAAAAACUCCCUCAUUGUCUCUUAUCUUUCCUACUGUGACUAUUAUCGUCCUAGAUUUUUUGUAUUGGAAAAUGUCAGGAAUUUUGUGUCUUUUAAAAAAAGUAUGGUAUUGAAGCUUUCGUUGAGUUGUCUAAUUCGUAUGGGCUAUCAAUGCACUUUUGGAAUUUUGCAAGCUGGAAACUAUGGGGUACCUCAAACGAGACGAAGGGCUAUUAUUUUAGCUGCGGCACCAGGAGAAAUCCUUCCAACGUUUCCUGAGCCCACACAUUCGUUUUCGCCAAAGGCUACACACUUGACAGUUAAUGUUGACAAUAGAACGUAUGUGUCGAAUUGUCGGUGGGUUGAAUCGGCACCCAGAAGGACAAUCACUGUGAGAGAUGCCAUGUCAGACUUGCCUGAAAUCACCAAUGGCGCCGAUGUACAGGAGAUGUCGUACAAUUUGGAGCCUCAAUCGCAUUUUCAACGACUCGUCAGAGGCGACCAGUAUCAACCAGUUUUGUUGGAUCACAUCUGCAAAGAGAUGUCGCCUCUGGUGGUGGCAAGAAUGGAGCACAUUCCAACCAAACCAGGCUCUGAUUGGAGGGAUCUGCCCAAUAUUGAAGUAAAGUUGUCAACCGGUGUGAUGACACAAAAGCUGCGGUAUUUGCAUAACGACAAAAAGAACGGCAAGUCAUCUAGUGGUGCGCUGCGUGGGGUUUGCGCAUGCGCCACUGGAAGUGCAUGUGAUCCCAUGGACAGACAGUUCAACACUUUGAUUCCGUGGUGCUUGCCACACACUAGCAACCGACACAACCAUUGGGCCGGACUGUACGGCCGUCUCGAGUGGGAUGGCUUCUUCAGCACGACAAUCACCAACCCCGAGCCGAUGGGCAAACAGGGCCGAGUGCUGCAUCCUCAGGAGAAGCGAGUGGUCAGUGUGAGGGAGUGCGCACGCUCGCAGGGCUUCUCCGACACCUACCGCUUCUAUGGCUCUGUGCUCGACAAGCACCGGCAAAUUGGCAACGCUGUCCCCCCUCCCAUGGGCGCUGCUAUCGGCUACGAGAUUCGAAAGUGUGUUGCUCUUGCCGAGUCUCAACUCAGUACUUCCAACAAAAUGGACGUCACCGAAACCUAAACAAUUCUACUCAACAUGAUUAUUCCACAGUUGUAUACAACUGAUAUUUGAGAAUUAACAACUCUACAUAUUGAAUACCUUUAGCUUUAUUAAUUUGAAGCCAGCUCAGUAGAGGGCUUAUUAUUUGAAAGUCGCCUCUAUUGGGUGGAUAGGUUUUUUAUCUGUAUUCCUGUUAUUUUAAUUACAGCUAUUGAUGAAAACAAAUAUAACUCUUCCCACAUCAGUACAACUGAUGUUAGUUAAUAUUGGCAAGUGAAUAAUUUUACAUUCAAUCACUUGCACUUAUUUUAUGUUUUAUUCAUAUGACAAGGUAACUCAAUUGAUUUGUUUUAGACCUGGAAAUUUACUCGUCAAAUUUGAACAAUAGUAUUUGUAUUUCAAUGUUGAUGAUUUUAUUGGAGGAUUUAUUCUAAUUAGACUAAUAGUAGGUUUGUUUUAUUGAAGAAUUUAUUCUAAUUAUGUAGCCUAUUUUCAUGAAAAAUAUCAAUAGAAUAAUUGAAUUGUCAGUUUUGUUAUUUGAAUUUGAAAGAGUACAAGAUAAUAUUUCCAUUCUUUUUUUAUAUUUUUAACCUUCUUUCAAAAUCUUCUCAUGUUGAGAUAAAAUUUUAUCAAAUAUUUACUAGUAGUAUUCAAUUAGAAUAGUUAGUGAAAUAGUGGCAACAUUGUAAAUUUAUAUCAAUUUGAAUUAUGAAACUAUUUUCUAAUCGAUAACGUUUCUUCUAAUUGUUCUUACUUGAAUUAUUUCUAAAAAAAACUUUUUUAAUUGAAUAUUUAUUUUUUUCAUUGACAAUUACAGAUCAUAAUUAUAAUAAAUAUAAUAUGAUUGGGACAAGACAACAGGCAUAGCCCAAAACUGUCUUCUCCCAAAUUUUAACAAAUAAAAGUUUCAAAAAAGAAUAAGGUUAAGAUUUCACUUUCACUUCAAAAAGUCCAAUUUCCACUUCAAACUAAUGACUAAACUAAAAAUUUUGAUAUUUAAAAACUGAUUAAAAACAAAAAUAUUCCACUCAAAUCUCUACAAAUUAGAAAUUUUUGAGUAAUUUUGCAAAAUUUUGAGCCAAAGAAACACAACUUCACGUGAAUACUAGUAUCCACGAAUUAGUAGAUCCGAAAACCUCAUGCUAAAUAUGAAAACUAGGUUAUUUCAGUGACAUUAAAAAAACUUGAAUCGAAAUUAAUUUUUCUCUAGGCUUUAGUAUUGGAUAAACUAACUUAAUUUGCCAUUAAAUUUCAUUUCAAUUGUUUUUUCAUUUUGUAUAUGCCAUAAUAGUUUGUAUAGUUUCAUUUUUUUAUUCCUAUUUAGUUACCUACCAUUUACCAAGAAAACGAUUGUAAAAUAAUCAUGUUUUAGACUAUGAGGAGCAUUGUACUGUAAAAUCACGCUUCCAAUCUCUAAUGCAUGCAAACUUCAUUGAAUGUGGCUCCGUCCACUUAGAGGGAUUUGAUUUUCAUCGCCUUGUAUUUGAGCAAUUCACUCUGUCAAGUGCCUUAGAAGUGUAAUAAAUGUGAUGUAACUGCAAGAUGAGUUAAAGUUCAUAACUGACCUGAACUUCAUGAAUUUGUUACUUUUUUACAUUAUUACUGUUUGACAUUUUUAUGAAUAAACAUAUUUUUUCACUCUGAA